GAAUUCAGUCUGAUCGCGACUGUCAAAAUGGCCAUUUACGUAUUUUUUAGUGGGUGUGUAGUUAAAUUGCUUAUCUAAAUUAUAACGCCAGAAAAAGUGAAUACAUUUGUUUAUCAAGAAUGCUGGUAUAUUAAACGGACAGUCAUGUUAUAGUUUCAAAGCCUUAAUCGGGUAGUAAGUGAAAGUUAGUGUGAAAAAAACAACCUGUAUUCCAAUAGUAAUUACAGCAAUAUUGCACAAAGCAACUAACUUUCACACUGAAUCCUCCUUACGAUGGCCUCACACAGCAGUGAGGACAAAAGUAUUGCAAUUGAGCUAUCGAACAGCAGAAGCAAUGAUAGCACAACAAGCCUCAAUUCAAAGGAGCAGCGUCAGCAUGAUGAUGGCACGUUGUUCUUCAAGAAAGUCGGCAGUGCUUUGUUCUAUGGCAUGGCCUCAUUCAUGAUAACCGUUGUCAACAAGACUGUGCUUACAUCAUAUCUCUUUCCUUCGUUCCUGUUUCUCAGCUUGGGACAGUUGUUGGCCAGUAUAGUUGUACUUGGCGUUGGCCGACGAUUACGUUUCGUUUCAUAUCCACCAUUAAAGCGGAAUACAUUUAUAAAAAUUUUCCCACUACCACUGAUUUUUCUCGGAAACAUGAUGUUUGGCUUAGGUGGCACAAAGGAACUAAGCUUACCCAUGUUCGCCGCACUGCGUCGCUUUUCAAUAUUAAUGACGAUGUUACUAGAAUUGAAAAUACUUGGAGUAAGGCCCUCCUUCGCUGUGCAAGUCAGCGUAUACGCCAUGAUUGCUGGUGCCUUACUGGCAGCUUCCGAUGAUCUUUCAUUUAACAUGAAAGGUUAUACAUUUGUGAUGAUAACCAAUGCACUUACUGCAUCGAAUGGAGUAUUUGUCAAGAAAAAGCUGGAUACUUCAGAAAUAGGAAAAUAUGGCUUAAUGUUCUACAAUUCACUAUUUAUGUUCAUACCGGCACUGGUCGUUACUUAUCUUACUGGUGACCUUGAAAAAUCGCUCGCCUACAACCAAUGGCAAAAUCCCUAUUUUGUGGUACAAUUUCUAAUGAGCUGCUUCAUGGGCUUCAUAUUAUCCUACAGCACUAUACUUUGCACACAACAUAAUUCUGCGCUAACAACAACAAUUGUCGGAUGCUUAAAAAACAUAUGUGUAACAUAUUUAGGCAUGUUCAUUGGCGGUGACUACAUCUUCUCGUGGCUUAACUGUAUCGGAAUUAAUAUCAGCGUGUUUGCUAGUUUACUUUACACGUAUAUUACAUUCAGACGGAAGCAAGCACCUGAUAAGGAACUGUUGAUACCAACCACUAGAGGAGUAGCUGUGUAGUAUGCUAACAAAAAAUGUACUUGUAUGUAGAUAUUAGCGUAGUAGCGUAGGUACCUAUUUCUAAAAAUUCAUGAAUCAGUGAAUUCUAUAAGUGAAGUAAGAGUGAAAUAAAUCAAAAUACUAAAUUAAGACAAGGCAUUAUAUGCAUGCCUAUUUUUACAAUAUUUCGUACACGCAUAUGUACUCGUAGUCAUGUACGCAACUGUAUGUACAUAUAUUGAAUUUAGUUUUUAAAAAAUUGCCAAAGCCAUAGUUAUAUGAUCGUACAUAUGUGAAUUUUUAUGUUCCAAUUUCGAGUAAGUAAGCAGUUUAGUUUUGAAUAAGUUGUAGGUGUAUAAAAAUAUGCAUGCAACAAAAGUGUCAUAGUCACUAGCUCAUCUAUGAGUAAUGUAGGUAUGUAACUUUGCUAUUGAUUUAAGGAAAAAUAAUAUAAUAUUAUAAAAAAAAAAAAACGAUUUACUUUAAUAAUACCAUGCAAAUGAUUAUAUGUG